CCUUCCUUACCAUUAAAACUCUUUCUUCUUUGAAUGGAAAAAAAUCUUUUUUUUUAUAUUGGUUCUUCAUCAAUGUUUCGUUGAAAUCAUGUCUGUUAAAUUGUGUAGCUGAGUCCAGGGUCCUUUGAGCUGUUUUUCUAAUAUCAGAAAAGGUGGAGUUUGAUGAAAAUGGAAGCUGUUGUUGCUGAUCAUAAACGCAAUGGUCGAAUGGAAACUAAACCGGAGAAGGAGAAACCGGUUAAGCCAACAAGUUUGAGCAGUAGUUCAGACGUAGAAGAAGAAGAAGAGAGGAGUGUGGGAUCUCUGAAGCGAGUGUCUAACAAGAAACGGAAACGGUCUAUUGCUGAUGAAGGUAGAGUGGCUAAAACCAAAUCUUCAAGAGAGAAGAGAGCUGCAAGGAAACGCAAAGAAAAAGGAAAUGGUGAUGAUGAGGAGAAGAAACUGAAGCAGAGAAGGUCUGUGAAAAGAAGAUCUAAAGCGAAGAAAGAAGACAAGGAACGUGAACAAGAACUGAAACUAGUUCCUUUCAUCGAGCCAACGGGUUCAUGUUCACAUUCUGAGUCAGAUUCUCAUGUGAAAAACGAUAACUUCAAUGACUGCAGAAGCAUGACAAGGAGUUUAAGGGCGGAUUUGGGAGAGCUAGCGAUAUGCCAUCAAUGCUUUAAAGGAGAAAAAAGAUUUCUUUUCAUCUGCACUUUCUGCGAAGAGAAAAUUUAUUGUUUCCCAUGUAUCAAGAAAUGGUAUCCUCAUCUAUCCCAUGAUGAUGUCUUGGAGAAGUGUCCUUUCUGCCGUGGAACUUGCAACUGUGACGUAUGUUUGCUGUCAAGUGGAUUAAUCGAGAUAUCAAAGAGGAAGCUCGGUGAUCACGAAAGAUUCCAUCAUCUCCAGUACUUGAUUGGAUCAAUGCUUCCUUUCCUGAAAAAGCUAUGCAAAGCGCAAGAGGAAGAGAUUGAAACCGAGGCAAAGAUUCAAGGACUAAUGACUUCCCAAGUUGAUAUAUCCGAGACUCUAUGCUCAAAUGAAGAAAGAGUCUUUUGUAACCACUGUGCAACCUCAAUCGUUGACUUGCAUCGAAGCUGUCCAAAAUGCUCUUAUGAACUCUGUCUCAGCUGUUGCCAAGAGAUCCGUGGAGGGUUGUUUACAGAACGCCCUGAAAUGAAGUUAGACUUCGUCUACAGAGGCAGCAGAUAUAUACACGGUGAAGAUGCAGAACCUAGCUCUUCCUCUGUUCUUGUUGAUGAAGCUGAAGAUAAACCGUCCAUCAAGUGGUCUGCUGAUGAAAAUGGAAGCAUAACGUGUGCUUCAAAAGAGCUUGGCGGUUGCGGUGACUGUGUUCUGGAGCUGAAACGUAUCCUACCGUUAAAUUGGAUGUCAGAUUUGGAGAAAAGGGCAGAGACGUUCUUAGCAUCAUGCAGCAUCAAUUCUCUGACAGUCUCAAACUGCAGAUGUUCUUCUGAUUUGGAGAUGAGUACAAUGAGGAAAGCAGCUUCCAGGAGCGGCUCCAACGACAACAACCUCUACUGUCCUGAUUCU